CAUGUCGCGUGGCUAGAGUUUCGUGGCCGCUAAAGUUUUAAGUUCCGUGGCCACCACUAUUGAAUUCUGAGGCCUAUACAGUUGAAUUCCGUGGCCUCUGCAGCUGAGUUCCGUGGCCAUUUAAGUCAAGCAGUGCUACUAGCCUGAGGACGUGGCCUGGGACUGUUACGUCUUCCCAAGGAUCGAUGCGAAUAUGGUAGAAAUUGCUUAUUGAUGUGAAGCAAAAGGUGUAUAAGUGCUGAAUAUAUUGCUGAAUAUCAUGAUAUUACAGUAAAUGUCUUACAAGUUUGUAAGGUUGCGAGAACUGAAUGUUUCUUUGAGAAGUAAAAAAUAGCGGUGAUACUGUAUAUUAGAUUUUAAAUAUUUCAAUAUAAUUGAUGGCUGACAAUAACCCACAGGAAACCCAAUGAAUUAUCUCCGCGGAAAAUGGACGAAAUUCUUGUCUUUGAUGCGACUGAAAUAAUUUUGUUUAUCCAAAGAGUGCCAAAUUGGCAAUAAAAAUUUCCUAGUUAACACAUCCAAUAUUCAUUUCAAUUGACGUGAGUCAUUGAAAAAGCUUGGGAUUUAUUUACUGAAGCCAAUAAUUCAUCUCUGAUGAAAAAUUUUCUGGGUUAUCAACAGUUUGAGAACCUCAACAAACGUCGAAGUUCACAGCUCAGCAUGCUUGCCCUGCCACUGCUGCUGCUGGUGACGCUGGGGGAGCGCAGCGCUCAGGGCCAGAGCAGCCAGAAAUAUGACCCUGAAGCGCCCCCACAGCUGUACCAUCCUCGGUGCGAGAUCACGGACACAGACCCCGACGCGGACUGCAUCUUCGGGACGGCGGGGCGAGAUUACCCCGUCCUGGACCAGGUCCCCCGUACGGCGUUCGGCUGCGGGACGCUGCUGCCGGGGAUAUAUGCGGACAUUGACGCUGCUUGUCAGGUCUACCACUUCUGCCUGCACGACGGCAACAAGUUCUCGUUCUUAUGUCCUAACGGCACAAUGUUCAACCAAGCUUACUUCGUGUGCGACCUUUGGUUCAACGUUGACUGCCCGCGGUCCAAAGAAUUCUACGCGCUUAACGAAAAUAUCUACAGAAAUCCAAAUCUUCCAGGACCUAAAGAAAAUACAUAUUCAUAAAAGUUUACUUCAAGUUUAAAGUAUUUAUACUAGUUUUUAUAAUUACUUAGGUAAUUAAAUCAAAGAACAUUUGGGACUUUAUAACAGUUCAAUAGAACAAAUUAAAUUUGGGAAUUUAAUUUUAUCUGUUGGAUGUUUGCAAUAAAUGUACUUUGACGAAGUCUACAUUUUGUAACUGUAGAAACAUGAGCCUGAAUCAGGCAGUUAGAGGCUGCGCCGCGACAUAAAAAGUAACAAUUAGCAACAAUCUUCAUGCCUGCCAAUUUUAAAAUGCAAGACAAAUUUGUAAGUUAUUUACUCUCGUACAAAUAAUCUGAAAAAUUAUGUGACUGGCCUUGCGUGACUUUUCUGGAAAAUUUCAUAAAUGUGAUUUAAGUUCAUGAGCGUUUCUGUUUUUUUAUUCUAUUUUCACCUAUAGGAUUCAUCGAAGCAAUUCAAAAAAUGCCGCGGUAAAAACAUCAGUCUAUGAUAGCCUCAAAGUCAUCAAGCGUUGAUAAUAUAUACGUUGAAUCAUAAGAAAAAAUAUAACUUAAUGAUUUAAUGCAAAAAAUACUUCGAGUUAAGAGUUCAAGCAAUAUUUUAGUUCAUCAACUAAGUAAACUUGGUCCGUUACAACCUGUAAUUAUAAGCAUGGCCAAAGGUGGUUCAUAUUACCCUUCAUUUUUAAGUGAUGAAUAAGAGGCCAGAGUUCUUGAUCCUCAGUGAAAGAACUCUCUCGUUAAGAUAAUAUUAUUCCAGAGAAAACAUUUUCGCUACAAUAAGUUUAUUUUAAUAGGUUCUUAACAAUUAUAUGGGAAAGAAUAUCUUUAUUUUAUAAAUUUAUUUUCUCGAGAUCUCAUGAAUUAUCUGUGAGAAAAAUUCUUCGUUGUGAUAUGUUUGUUAGUUUGUUAUUUGCAAAACAACAUUUUUGGGUUAGAAAUGGUGAUUUUCUUGAGUUCUCAAUAAUGAUCUGUAAAGAAAAUUUUAAGUUACAAUUAUUUAAUUUUCUCGAAUUGUCAGGAAUUAUAUAUGAAAGAACAUGUUCUUUAAGAUCAGUUAAUUUCGUUGAUUUCUCAAUGUUGAUCUCUAAAGAACAACUUCAUUAAAAUAAUUAUAUUUCAUCUAGGACCACAAAGCUAUAUGUAAAUAAACUCAUACAUAUAGGUAACACAUUUAUUUUCUUGUUGUGAAAACUCAAGUGAGAGCCCUAGCGAGAAUUUUCCUAGUAUAUAUAACAUAACCUUAAUAAAUUACAACAUUCCGAACAAUUUUAAGUUAAGAGUUAAAAAUGUAGAUAUUUCUUUAUUAUGAUUAGUGGAUGUUUAGAUCUUUGUAUUUAAAUGUUCACUUUCUUAUGAAACGUUUUUUAUCCCCCCAGGUUCUGAAUCAAACAGGUUAUUAAAUUAAUAAUCCACCCUCUCUUUAUUAUUCAUCAGUAUCAAGGGACCAUUGUUUACGCCAAAUUUAUAUUUAAAUUUUUGAGCUCCCUUCCAGCUCAUGCAUCCGCCUUAGAGCCACCAGAAGUACAUAGGUCUUGUCUCACAAUAUAUUUACUCUAGGAAGUGGACGCAAGCCUGGUAAGUUUUUCCCUUUCUGUUGAGACGGAAGUGUCCAUUUCAUUAGAGUUUAGCUAAAAGUUCUUCACCGUAAAUCCAUCGACCUUUUACAGUCAUGCGGACGUUGCUUAAACUUCAGGCUAUCACUGUCCUGUAGAAACCUAUCAGCCAAAAUGUGUGUUGUGUUUUGAAAAAGUUUGGAGGACUCAGUCUAGGUCAUCUGCCAGAAGAAGCUGAGAUGGGCGCGGAAGCUUCCUUCAAGUCCAAUCUAUUGUAGUUUCACACAUCAAUGUUCGUCGUUUUCUGAAGAAAGAAAAACGUGAACGACGACUAAAGUAAAGUGAGUAAGCCGUUACUUCUUU